AUGGCCGCUUAUGCAGGCUCCAGUGGGCGGCCUACUCCAACAUGGACUCCGAUGCAGUCCAAAUUACUCAUGAAAAGGCUGGGCGUGAAAACUGCGAUACUCUCUGUGACGGCUCCGGGCCCCUGCAUCCUGGAAGGAUCAGCCUCCUUUGAUCUAGCACGAAGACUUAACGAUUAUGGAGCCAAGCUGCGAGAGGAGGAGCCCUCACGCUUUGGCUUUUUUGCGUCGCUUCCCAGUCUCCUCGACACAGAAGCCGCGCUCACUGAGAUUGCCUACGCUCUCGAUACGUUACAUGCGGAUUGCGUCACACUCUUCACCCGGUAUGGGUCGGGUAAUACGUAUCUUGGGCAUCCCUUGCUGGAGCCGAUAUGGGCAGAGCUUAAUCGCCGUAAAUGUGUUGUUUUCGUGCAUCCGACCCACCCAGUCGACACGAAUCCUGUGAACCCGCUACUGCCACAGCCUGCUAUCGACUACCCACAUGAGACAACACGCUCUGCUAUGGAUAUGAUCAUCCAGGGUACACGUCGCAAAUUCCCAGAUACUAAGGUUAUUCUGUCACACGCCGGCGGCGCCUUACCAUACCUGAUUACGCGUGUUGCGACGCCUAUGCGUAAAGCGCCAGACUUUGUAGCCGCUCAUCGCAUGGGAACCACGCAUGCGCAGGUUAUGGAAGAUUUCCGCAGCUUUCAUUUUGAUUUAGCGUUGUCGUCUUCUCCGGGCGUGCUUGACCUCGCGCUUAAGAUGAUUCCGCAUGAUCAUAUACUAUAUGGAGUCAGUGUCCAUUCCGAUGAGAGUGACUUCCCAUACGCACCCAUUACGGCAUAUCCUGCAUUUUUGGAAGACCUGGAGAAGUAUGAGAUGAGUCAAGAGUUGCGGGAUCGUAUCAACUACGUUAAUGCACUACAGUUGAUUCCGCGGUUACAAGAUCCAUCCAAAUUCUGA